CGCAGGUUGUUUAGAACAUACCACAACGUAGUUUGCUCUCUGCAUUCGACGAGGCUGUGCAGCAGACAAGCCACAGUUUGCCAACUGAUGCCUUGGGCCCCUCUGGGACAAUGGUUUUGAGUGAUCAGGAGCUGGGCGUCGACAGUGUUGACUGGGCACGCGAUUGUGGGAAUGGUUUGCCACACCAAAUGGGGGGAGGGGAUGACGACUAUGCUGACUCACAAGCAGGCGCUGACUCACAAGCAGGAGGAGAUCGUGGACAUCACGAGACGGAAGGUAGCGUGCAAGCACGUGGGACCCCAGGUGAGGAGCAGCCAUGGGUGGGUGAGGAGCAGCAUCUCCCUCCCCCCACUGCUUCUGAUGGCGCAGUCCCUGGUAAUGGCGGUGAUGGGUGUCACCGAAAUCGGCGCUGGAAUGAUGCUGAAACGCUUGCCCUCAUCCGCGCACAUGGGGAGUACAGGGUUGCACGAGCAGUCAACUCUGAAGCUAUAGGCAAUGCUUGCUCUUUGAAUAAGAAAUGGGAGGGUAUAUCAACUGCCGUGUGUGUUGCCGGCUUCAUCCGUAAUGGCUAUGACUGUGAAAAUAGGUGGAAGAACCUGUGGAAGUGGUAUAGAAAGGUGCUGGUCCACGAUGGCAUGAGUGGAGUGCAGAGCUAUUGGACCAUGUCACCUGAGGCACGAGCGCAUGCUGGACUCACGUUCCACCUUCGAAGGUCCUGGUUUGAUCUCAUUGACUCCUUCAAUAUUAGAAACCCGGUUGUCCAUCCUGAAGGUGUUGUAGAUCCUGGAAAUGAGGAGGAUGGGCGAGGACCAGGACAGGGCAGUCGGGGUUCUCCUCCUGUCAGUAGUGGCAGGGCUGAGAGUGGGGUUGCCAAUGCAUGUGCUGAAGGGGCUGAAGUGAGAACGUCGGCAAAGCGCAGACGCACUGUCGCAAAUGCCCGGGAGCGGCCUGUGAAGGACAUCUCUGUAGUAAUGAGGGAGCAGACAGAUGCACUGAGGGAGCACAGUAGGCGAUCAGUGGAGUGCGCUGAACUCACAGUGAAAGUCAUGUACAAACAGGCAGCAGUGCAACAACAGAUUGGAAAGCUCACUGCCAAAGUUGCUCGGGAGGACAUGGCUAUUCGGAAGGAGAUUGGUCUUCUGAUGGUGGAAAAGCUUGAGAAGGGGUGAAACACAUUUGCUCAGGCAUUGCGAGAUUCA